AGAUAUUUAUUGUGCCGGGUUGUCAGCCUUUUUUGACUCUUGAAUGCGUGUAUUCAGUAGUGUCCCAAAGCAGGACGUGAAGCUGGAGCUCGUACGGUCUGUCAGUCAUGUAGCGAACUAGCAACAGCUAACAGGCUAGCUGGCUAAUGUGUCCGAGCAGCAACAGCAGCAAAGUGAUUUCUUUUAUCAGUCAAAGUGGCAGUGUGGCUUCAGACUGACGAUAUCUGACAAGAGGAGAUAUAUAAAAGUUUUCAUCCCCCUUAGUCCGCGGUUUUGGGACCCAAUGUUGCCACGGGAAGAAACAGACAAACCGUGACAAAGCACUCCAUGAAUGAGUUGCAGCCAAGAUAGAGGAACGGCAAUAUAGCAAGAGGAGAGACCCUUUUCCUGCAUCAGUCUUGUGUAACAGCUUUCAACAGAGCUCGGUGGCCAGACCGUUGCCAUGUCGACCUCAUCGCUACGGCGACAAGUAAAGAACAUCGUCCACAACUAUUCAGAGGCUGAAAUCAAGGUAAGGGAGGCGACGUCUAAUGACCCAUGGGGCCCCAGCAGUUCCCUUAUGUCAGAGAUCGCCGAUCUUACCUACAAUGUCGUGGCCUUCUCGGAAAUCAUGAGUAUGGUGUGGAAGCGCCUCAAUGACCAUGGCAAGAAUUGGAGACAUGUGUACAAGGCUAUGACUCUUAUGGAGUACCUGAUCAAAACGGGUUCAGAACGUGUUGCCCAGCAGUGCCGAGAGAACAUUUACGCAGUCCAGACCCUCAAGGAUUUCCAGUACAUAGACAGAGAUGGCAAAGACCAGGGUGUGAAUGUUCGAGAGAAAGCCAAACAGUUGGUGACGCUGUUAAAAGAUGAAGAGAGACUAAGAGAAGAGAGGAUCCACGCCCUGAAAACCAAAGAGAAGAUGGCACAGACCUCCAGUGCCUCCUCAGCCCCCUCUGCACCCAGCCUGGGGGGCAGCCUGUCGCUGGGUUCACACUCUGGGGGUGCUGAUAGUGAGCAGGCUUGGCCACAGAGCUCUGGAGAAGAAGAUCUGCAGCUCCAGCUGGCUUUGGCUAUGAGUAAAGAAGAGGCAGAGCAGAAUAGCACGGACCCUCUGGAGGAUGCAGAGCUCCGCUAUGCACUCACACUCAGCAAAGAGAUUCACCAACAGGAGGAGCGGCUGCGCAGAGGUGAUGACCUGAGACUGCAGAUGGCCAUUGAGGAGAGCAAGAGGGAGAAACCAAAACCAGAGGAGAGCGCUCUGAUGGAGCUGAGUGCUGUGGACCCCUGGGGCACCCCUGCUGCUCCUGUCGUGAGCUCUGCCGGGCCCUCACCUCUACCCACAGUUUCUGCCUCUGCCGCCUCGGGCCCAUGGGGCACAGCCACCACAGAUCCAUGGGGGGUAGCAUCACCCACAUCCCCUACAAGCUCUGAUCCUUGGGGUGGGGGAGCUCCGCCCACCAUAGCUGCUCCUCCAGAUCCCUGGGGUGAAUCAUCCAACAAAGUUAACAACGUCGACCCCUGGGGAAGCUCAGCUGUGACCCCCCCAAGUGCUGACCCCUGGGGUCCUCCAUUGCCUCCCAGCACUUCCUCCUCGGGGGGGCCAGUAGACCCCUGGGCAAAGGACGGGCCUGUCCCUGCCUCUGACCCUAUCACCUCCGACAUCUGGAGUGGCUCCGCCAAACACACUAACGGCACAGGAGAUCCAGAGCAAUUAGGAUCUUCAGGAGCAGGCGCUGACAGCACAGGCUCACCGGUACCCUUUGACCUGUCCUCUCUUGGUUCUUCACUUCCUGUUCGGAAGACUCCCGAGUCCUUCCUGGGCCCCAACGCAGCACUGGUGGAUCUCGAUUCUCUCGUGCCGUCGAAACCCAAACCCAAACAGCCACCGCCUCCCUCCAUCUCGUCCUCAUCAGCACACAACCCCUUCCUUCAGAACACAGGUUCAUCUCCUGCUACUGGCAUGGCAGUGACUCCGGGCAGUACCAUUUCCAGUAGGGGGGUUUCUCCAACACCUGCAUCCUCCAACCCUUUUGGGGUGGCUCCUCCUAUGACCUCCAUCUCACCUCAGCCCUCCUCACUCGGCCUUAGUGGCCUCCGCACCAGUCCUGUGCCUCCCAAUCCCAUGCUGGGCAUGGUGCAACCAGGAAUGGGCAUGGCGCCAAUGAGUAUGGGAAUGGGGGCUCCGGGAAUGGGAAUGGGCCUGGGCAUGAUGCAGCCCAGCCCCAUGGGCAUGCCGUACAGCGGGCUCUCCCCAAUGGCACCCCCAGGCUCAGGUCUGAUGGGACCCGGAGUCGCACCACCUCCUCAGCUAAUUUUGGGUGGGCCCACAGGACCAGGAGGGGUGAUGAGUGCUGGAGGAUCAGUGGGAGGUGGAGGAACGACGGGCACGAGCACCAACCCGUUUCUUCUUUGAGGAAGUGUCACCACUACUUGGCUCACCUUUCAGCCUCCUCUGUCAUACCUGCUGCCCCCUUCAGUCACCCACCCCCCCACCAAUGCAAUUUGUGUCCAAAAAGAAAAAUGUCUACAUCUCUAUAUUUAAAGAAAACAAACAAAAAAAACUAAAUCAAAAAAAUGUUUCAUCUUUUCCUUUUUGAAAGCAUUAUUUCAUUUCAGAAUAAUUAUUUCAUUUAUUUAGUCCUUUCAUUUCACAGGUUAUUUUACGGGUGGGAAAUAGAGAUCUAUUUAUUUUGUUUUAAUUCAGUUCUGUUCUGUAUCGUACUUCAUGUGUUUGUUUUUGUUUUUCAUUUUUGGUCCUUUCAGUCCUGUCUUGAAAUGAAGGUAAGUCUGUGAUACCUCGAGGCUUUUUCAGUAGUGUCUCUAUUCUAACAUUACUGCACUGGGAGAGAGGGAGGAUGAGGAGACAUAGCCACUAACAAACUGGACAGAGAAACUGUUGUACCUGCCUCUUCCUCUUCUCUCCCUCUAGGAUGAAGACAAACACUGAAUCACUGAAAUGAAACGAGUGCAUGAAGAGCUAUUUUUAAUGAACUGUAGACGAGAUAUGGGCUGAACAACUUGCAUUAACAUUUCAGGCACAAUGUGGUCAAAUUGUUUCACUUUUAAUUUAAUGGUAAAUGUAAUUUAUUUUUUCCAACUUUUUGGGAACAAAUAAACAAGGAGGGUCAUGUGAUGAUGCCAUCUAGAUCAAAUGCCUUUUUUUCUCCAUUCUUCUUCUUCCUGGUUACUGUAGAAAACCUAAAAAGAGCUCUGAGAUCUGUGAUCCGAUGGGGGGAGAGAGGGAGGGAUGCUUGUUGAGAGUGUGUGUGUGUGUGUGUGUUUGCAGCAAAGUGCGAAUGAGAACACAAAUGCUCAUUUGUGAGUGUGCAAGUACACAGUUGUGCAAAUGUUCAUGUCUGUGUAUGUGUUUCAGUAACUGUCUCCAUUUUUUUUUUUUUUUUUUUCUGUGUCCGAUCUCAUUUCAGUGACUCAGAAAGGAAGAAACCACAUUGAUUAUUUUUGCUUUUGGAAGUUGUAAUAAUAAGAUGUAAUGUGGGGAUUUCAAAUGAGGUGUUAUAAGGGUCACGUUUGUUUUUUUUUGUUUGUUUUUUUUCCCUGCCAAUCAUAUUUCGCACUCUUCUUUUCAUUAAUUAAAAGCAGUUUUUCUUAAUCACACAUUUCAUACGGGAUUCCUGGCAUGCAGGUGUCCCAGAGCAGCACUGUCCUUGUGUUUCAUCCCCCUUUCCUUUGGAGAGGGACGGCAACCGAUGCUUCUUUAAAAAAAAGAAACAAACAAAAAAAGACAAUUACUUCAGCGAAUGAAAGGAGAUAAAACUGGGACUCGACAAUAUGCUUUUCAUGCUGUUCUUUUAAUUUAGUUUGAUGAAUUUAUUGUUAUUUUAUAUCAACAAGAAGAAUAUCUCUUUUAUCGGGUAAGGUGGAAUUUUGUGUGGUGUUGACUGUGAACAUUCACAUUUGAAAAGUAAAAUGGAAAAAAAUCAGAAGAAAUUUAUGAAAUAAAACAAAAACACG